GCGCGCUUCUCACCGGGUGCGUAGCUCACCCUGGUGCCGGUUGGAAAGGCUCCUUCACUUCGGCGAUUGCUGCACAGCCAUGUCCGGGAUCUGGGUUCUCUUGUCACUGAUAUUUAUCUCUGUUGCUGGACCAUUGUCUAAAGGUGAAAAGGCCCACGUGGCUGGUAUCGACUCUGAGGCGCUGAAAUUGACUAAGAAUAUUACUGAAGUGAGUUCCUGCCCAGAAGGCCUACAUCGCGAACGGAAAACCAGUGAUUGCAAACACGACAAAGGUAAACCAGAAUGUGUGUUCUGCACAGAGGGGAAAGACUACACAGACACAAGCCAUCAUUCUGACAAAUGCAUAAGAUGUAGCACCUGUGAUGAAGAACACGGGCUAGAAGUGGAACAAAACUGUACCCGGACCCAGAAUACCAAGUGCAGAUGCAAAUCAAACUUUUUUUGUAACAGUUCUCCGUGCGAACACUGUAACCCUUGUACCACGUGUGAACAUGGAAUCAUUGAGAAGUGCUCACCAACUAGCAACACCAAAUGCAAAGGAUCCAGAUCUCACUCAAACAGUUUAUGGGCCCUGCUGAUCCUCCUCAUUCCAAUAAUUCUAAUAAUAUACAAAGUGGUGAAAAGUCAACACGGGAAGAAAAAGAAGGGUUAUCACAACUCUGAAGCCUCAAAUGAUGAAGGGAGGCAACUGAAUUUAACAGAUGUUGACUUGGGUAAAUAUAUCCCUAGUAUUGCUGAACUAAUGAAAAUAACUCAAGUUAAAGAAUUUGUUCGGAAGAAUGGUAUAGAGGAAGCCAAAAUAGAUGAUAUCAUGCAUGACAAUCUCCAUGAAACAGCUGAACAGAAGGUCCAACUGCUCCGCAGUUGGUAUCAAAGUCAUGGGAAGAAAAAUGCAUAUUGCACUUUGACUAAAAAUCUCCCAAAAGCUCUUGCAGAGAAAAUUUGUGACAUAGUCACGAAGGACAUUACUAAUGAACGUGAAAAUGCAAACUUGCAAAAUGAAAAUGAAAACUUGGUUUAAAGUGAAAAACAACUAACUCAGUUCUGAGAAUAUACUAAAUGUUCUAAAUAUGUUCAAAUAAGUUCUGAGUAGCUAUAGAUAUUGCUUGGCUUGGCUUUUUACUGGGUGUGUUUUCUUUUUUCAUUUAUUAGAUUUGUAGAGCUAAUAUAUUUGCUCAAAGCUAUUCAUAGAGCUAAUAGCUUUGAGCAUUUCAUGAUUCUGCCUUGAAGGAUUUUUAAAAUCUAGUUGGGUAGAUGAACUCUGGUGAGAGUAAAUACCCAUGUUCAUCUUCUUGCCUACUAAGUGUGUAAAAAAUCAUGUAUUCAAAGAUUGAGAUCAUGUUCAAGUGUGUAACAUAUGAUUCUGUCAGUGUGAAUGUAAUUAAUGUAUGUGAACACAGAUGCCUAUCCACAGGUUGACCCCAUUCCAUGAAUUAGUAGAUGUGAUCAUUGUUGCCAUGUGACAAUCAACUGCCUCUAAAUUACCUCCCCAGCUCUACUGAUAAUUCUAGAGAUUUUUCCAUAUUUACAAAUUUUGUUUACACCUUUGAGAGGAGUAUGUUCAGGGAAAACUUGCAUAUAUUCUCUGAAUAUAAAAUUUAAUAAGGUUCUACCUCAAAGAUCUUUGCACAGAUUAUUGGCCUUUCAUAGUGAACUAUUUCCAUUUUGGAUUCACAUAGAAAAUGCAGACUCAAUUAUAAUGCUUGAAUAUUUUAUAUUUGUCACUGUAGAUCAAAUAACCUACUUCUUUCUCAGGUGUCAAACAUUUUGAUCAUGAAAGAUUACUAGAUCACUGUCAUCUCUCUGUUUUCACCUUGAUGUGCAUCUAGGUAGACUGUGAACCCCCAGACUUGAAAGGACUUCCUAAGAAAUACUGAAUGAUUGAUGAAAAGCUGGGGCUGCCCUUAGAAACAUCUAGCUUGGUUUGGAGAGGCCAGCUGCUCUUAUGGAAGGUAGCUUUGUGGCAUAUCAUGAACCCAUGUCUAUCACCAAAGCUGAUAAGAUAGAUUCUUAUUUUGUUCCAUCCCCCACAAAGUGCUCAGUAACUUGCCAUGUGUUCUCUCUUGAUGUAAAGGCAGCUUAUACACAGCAGAAGUGAAAUCAUACUGCUGCUGCUGCUAAGUCGCUUCAGUCUUGUCUGACUCUGUGCGACCCCAUAGACCGCAGCCCACCAAGCUCCCCCGUCCCUGGGAUUCUCCAGGCAGGAACACUGGAGUGGCUUGCCAUUUCCUUCUCCAAGGCAUGAAAGUGAAAAGUGAAAGUGAAGUCACUCAGUCGCGUUCAACUCAGCGACCCCAUGGACUGCAGCCCACCAGGCUCCUCCGUCCAUGGGAUUUUCCAGGCAGGAGUACUGGAGGAGGGUGCCACUGCCUUCUCCAGAAAUCAUUAUAAGUGUUAAGAAUUGCCUGUUUUCUGUAGCUUCUUAGACAAGCCCCUCUCCCCACUAUCACUUCCUUGCUUUUACAUUUAAACACUUUUGAAAGUUUGUAUUAACUGUGAAUGUUAAUAAAUACUAUUUAUGUUUAUAUAGUUGUAAAUGGAAGACAGUUAUAAGCUGAAGCAGAUGCUCAGAACUACCUAAAGAGCGUCCAUUGAUGGAAGAUGCUUUUCCCUUAUGUUUGGAAAUAGAAAAUAUAAACAAAAAUAUUUUAUUAAAAUCAUGUUUUUGGUAUUUCAGGUUAUCUCUUUUUUGGUGGGACCUUGCUUUUUAUUUUCCCUUUUUCUAUUUAUUACUAACUGUAACCUGUUCAUUAAUCUUUCAUCCAUUCUCUGAUCUCUCAGGAGGUAUCUUCUUUUGAAAGGCUUUUAGUGGUUAAAUCAUUUCCUCUAUAGGCUUCUACUCUAAAGCAUAUAUCUCCUAAACAACACAUAAUUACUUAUUAUGUGAGGACUUACCAUGACAGGAUUAUAUAUUAGGCACUAGAAGUGUUGUAUACUGACACAUGUAAAUGAAAUCUAGCAAAAUGGUACAGAUGAACGUAUUUGCAGAGCAGGAAUAGAGAUGCAGACGUAGAGAACAGACAU